AUGGCCAUGAACGGCUUCUACUCGUCCAUGGCGCACGGCCUGGACGCCCUCCACCGCAGCCCGCACGCGUGCCUGUCGGCGCCCUUCCUCCAGCAGGCCGCCGCGCUGCUGCGCUCCCUCCACUCGCAGCUCCUCCACCUCGUGCAGCGCCUCCACCUGCCGCCCGGCGAGCGCUGGCUCGACGAGUACAUGGACGAGACCUCCCGCCUCUGGGACGCCUGCCAGCUCGCCCGCGCCGGGGCCUCCGCGCUCGACGCCUACUGCGCCGCCGCCGCCCGCGUCGCGCCGGCGAUCCAUGGCUGGCUCUACGCCGCCGCCGCCGCCCCGCACGUCCAGCGCGCCAUCAGCGCCCCCAGGCGCCACGCCGCCGGCCUCCAGCAGGACAACCGCGCGCUCGCCGACGCAAGGCUCGACCCGGCGACGCUCCUCCUUGACGACCGCUCCCCGCUCGAGUUCAAGCUCAACGCCUUCAACGGCUUCCGGGGGGUCCUCUACGCACUGCGCAACGCCAGCUCCUUCCUCCUCAUCGUCCUCAUCUCCGGCACCGUCACCUGCCUCCCCGACCUCCUCACCUGCUGCGCUCCUGGCGCCGGCGCCCACCACCAGCACCUCCGCACGCCCUCGGGCUACGUAGCAUCCAUGGCACGUCUGCGCCAGCGCGUCGCCCAGGAGGUGGACUCCAUCCUCAGCACCGCCCCUGGCGACGGCGACCGCCACUCUGGGUCUGCUGGGAUCAUGAUGUACGAGUUCCGCCAGGCCAGGGCCGCCAUCGACAGCCUCAAGCAAGACUUCGACAGGAUCGUCGCCAUGGGCUACUGCAACCCUGACGAGAUCGGCGACAGCCUCGCCCAGAGAGCGGAGAUCAUCAAUGGCUGGGUCGGGAUGCUGCGAUCAGGAGCUGAGAGCCUCAUCGUUGAACUUGAUGACUUCUUCGACGAGAUCGUCGAGGGCAGGAAGAUGCUUUCCGACCUGUGCAGCCAUCGCUAGCAGCUGAAACAAACAAACAAACCUCACAAGACUUCAGUUCAGUUCAGUUCUUCUAUGAUGCUACUAGUACUAGUAGACACAACAAG